UUGCAUACUAUGAAAAAGAGGUUCAUCCUCAAGACAAGCCUUCCACAAAACCUGGAGGAGAAACAGAGCAGAAGAUAGUGGGCGAUGUAUGUAUAUAGAACUGGAGGAAAGCCAGGAAGUAACAUGUUAUAAACAAGACAGAAGCCAGUUUAGUACCAGCUCUGUCCUCUUUAACUCAACAUUUAAAGCAGAGACAUGAUCUCCCUCCAUCUUCCUCCAAAACUAAUUACUAUAAAUCUUCAAAGCCGGCUCUUCCUGUCCCUCAUCUACUCAGCCAGCUUCCUCUUCUCCCUCUCGCUCUCUGAUCCUAGGAUAACACAAUCUGGUCUCUACUGUGGAAACUCAAAAUCUACCGUUCCUAUCCCAACUUUUACUAAAGAGAUGGGAACUCUCUCUCAACUAAUAACCACCAGCCAUUUUGCUGCCACUAACAAUCUCAACCACUCUUCUACUCUCACUUUUUAUGCAUUAGCCCAAUGCCACCACGAUCUCUCCCAAACCGACUGCCUUCUUUGCUAUGCUGCUUCUCGCACCAAGCUCCCUCGCUGCCUCCCUUCCCUCUCCGGCCGCAUCUAUCUUGAUGGCUGCUUCUUGCGUUAUGACAACUACAGCUUCUAUCAAGAAUCUGUUUCUUCUUCUUUUGAUACCUUCAAGUGUGGUAAUGAAUAUCUUGAUGCUGACGACGACGACAAGCACCUCGAGUUUCCUACACGGGUUGGCUAUGCUGUUGGUAAUGUAACGAUUCAAGCUGUGGAGAAUCGUGGGUUUGCAGUCGUCAACGUUGACGGCAUUUACGCGUUGGCUCAGUGUUGGGAUAGUGUUGGCAGAGAAGGGUGUAGAGGGUGCUUGGAGAUGGCUGGGAAGGCGGCGAGAGGGUGCGUGCCCAAGAAGGAAGGGAGAGGAAUGAAUGCUGGUUGUUACUUGAGGUACUCGACCGAGAAGUUUUACAAUAACGGGGGAGGAGAUGAAAGGAAUGCUCGUGGUUUUUCUGGCCUAGGGAUCGCCAUUGCUGUAGUUUUAGCAACUGCCGCAUGUCUCAUGCUUUCCAUCUUUGCAGCUUAUGCUAGCUAUGUAAGAUUGUUGAAGGCAAAACGAGAACGCGACAAUCUCGGCAAGGUUCCAUUCUCUUUCAACAAAUCGAGUUUGAACUUCAAAUAUGAGAUCUUGGAGAAGGCAACAGAUUUUUUCAGUCCAUCAAGGAAACUAGGCCAAGGAGGAGCUGGUUCUGUAUUCAUCGGGACUCUUCCAAAUGGAGAAACUGUUGCUGUAAAGAGAUUGAUUUUCAACACCAGGCAAUGGGUGGACGAGUUCUUCAAUGAAGUCAAUUUGAUCAGUGGAAUUCAGCACAAGAAUCUCGUGAAGCUGCUGGGUUGCAGCAUUGAAGGCCCUGAGAGUCUGCUGGUUUAUGAGUAUGUUCGGAACAAGAGCCUCGAUCAGUUCCUUUUUGAUAAGACUAAAAGUAGGACUUUAAAUUGGAAGCAGCGUUUUGAAAUAAUUCUUGGAACAGCAGAAGGGCUUGCAUAUCUCCAUGGGGGUUCUCAAGUGAGAAUAAUACACAGGGACAUAAAAAGCAGCAAUGUCCUUCUUGAUGAUAAUCUCAAUCCAAAGAUUGCAGACUUUGGACUUGUUAGGUGUUUUGGUGCUGAUAAAUCGCAUCUCAGCACUGGAAUUGCAGGGACAAUAGGCUACAUGGCUCCUGAGUAUCUCAUCCGCGGACAACUCACCGAUAAAGCAGAUGUUUAUAGUUUCGGAGUCCUGGUUCUUGAGAUUUUAGGCGGCAAGAGGUGCAAUGCCUUCGUGGAGAACUCUGGAUCCCUCCUCCAAACAGUAUGGAGGCUUUACAGAUCAAACAGGUUGGUUGAUGCUGUUGACCCUUGCCUCCGAGAUGAAUUUCCUACACGAGAGGCAUCAUGCGUGCUUCAAAUUGGGCUGCUUUGCACCCAAGCUUCAGCAGCCUUAAGACCAUCAAUGGCGCAAGUAGUUCAUUUCUUGACCAAUAAUGAUUGCGAGAUUCCUCCUCCAAAUCAACCUCCUUAUAUGAAUACUUCACUACUGGAGACCGAGAAUUCCAGGUGGUCUUAUAGCAUAAACAGUUUGGUGUCAAAUGGGCCAACAGAAGUUGAAGCUUCCUCCACUUCCAUGGAGUCCUCAAGUAUGCAUAGUUCAAAUGGCCAAAUAAGAAGUGAGGAAUCUAGUGCAUGAGCAGCUCCAAGGAAAAUCCCAAGAAUUUCUCACACGCUAGCUUGAAGCAUCAUUACUUCGGUUUUCCCGUUUUCCAUGUCUUCACAAGACUUGGCGUUAAAAAUCCUGACCUGACGGUUUAUCGUUGAUUUCAAAUCAAUAAAAAGCUCAUGUUAGCAGCUGAAGAUGUAUAAUGUAUUUUUUCUUUAUACUUAAAGUGAAAAAGGCAAGGAAACUGUUUCUUAAUA